AUGUUGCAGACUGAGCUGCGAACUCGCGCUCAUGCGGCCGUCGAUUAUGAGCAACAGGCCGAAAAGCUAUCGCUCGAAUCCUCAUCACGGACAACUGAAGACGGCGAUGGUCAUGGUCACGCCGUUGAAGCCAAGUUCAUCACUCCACUGGACCCGGUCAUCGAGACCGCGGAUGGCAACAGAUUGCCGGCUGUCCCCAUCCAGGAAGCACAUAAGAUCAACUUGUUGAAGAGUCGAUCUGAAGGUCGACCAUAUCGUCCGGGACUACCGCGAGGGUUAAGCCGAUUCGACAGGCAGACGGCUGGGCUUGGAGCAGUUGAUCGGAACGAGUGGGCGAAAGAUGACAAGGAGAGCGAAUUCAGCCGAUUAGACGAAGCAAUUCCGGUCUUGCAUACCCACCCCUUGUUUCCUCCAUUGCCACUUUAUGGGCCUCCGUCAUUACUACGAGACCUUCAGUGUGUAAUACUCCGAACGACAUCGGCUUUGCUUUCAACGGCCUUUCUUGCUGUCAUCGUGCUAGGAGCGUUAUUUACGUCAAUACCUCACUUUGUCAACUAUGCUUGGCUCUGGUUCACUUUUCGUGAUCCGUACAAACAGCGACCAUUCUAUGACGAAGAAAGAAGACGUUCAGCCAUACGCCUGGAGCAAGAGAAGGAAUGGCAAAGGCGUACGAGUAAUGAAGGCGUGGCUCGGCCAAAUGGUACAACAAAGUCGCCGGCUUCCUCAGAAGGGCCAUAUGUGCCGCUUGAGGGAGGACCUGACAAGCUAGCCUGCGACAUCAGGUACUACGCACGACGAGUGGGUCUAGAUGCAGAAGAGUACAAAGUACACACAGAAGACGGGUUCAUCCUGUCACUGUGGCAUAUCUACAAUCCUGCAGAAUAUACACCCGGUCCGGACGUGGUGCGACAACCCGACGAGCCUGUCGUCUUCAGAGAUCCAAAAGAUGGCCCCCAUCAGUACAUGCAAAAGCAGUACGCUGAUGGAAACAGAAGAUACCCCGUGUUACUCGUGCAUGGGCUCCUGCAGAGCGCCGGUGCUUAUUGUGCGAAUGAUGACGACAGUUUGGCCUUCCUUCUUUGCAAGUCGGGGUACGAUGUAUGGUUAGGAAACAACCGUUGCGGCUUCACUCCCGAACACAGUCUGCUCCAGCAUCACGAUCCACGAAUGUGGACUUGGAAUAUUCGGCAGAUGGGGGUGAUGGACCUUCCUGCGUUCGUGUCUCGAGUUCUUGAGGAGACAGGGUUUGAGAAGCUCGGGUUGGUGUGUCACAGCCAAGGUACGACGGAGGCAUUCGUAGCGUUGGCGAAAGAGCAGCGACCGGAUUUGGGGGACAAGAUCAGUGUCUUCUGCGCUCUUGCCCCUGCAGUGUACGCGGGCCCCUUGAUCGGGAAGAUGUAUUUCAAGUUCAUGCGAGUGAUCUCACCGUCGAUGUUCAGGGUCUUCUUCGGCAUACACAGCUUCAUCCCACUAAUGAUGGUUAUGCACCGCACGUUGCCCGGCAAACUUUACGGUGCCAUGGGCUACCGGGUCUUCUCAUUCCUCUUUGACUGGACGGACACACGAUGGGAUCGAGGUCUUCGGGAUCGACUCUUUCAAUUCUCACCCGUCUACGUGAGUGCGGAGAGCAUGAGAUGGUGGCUGGGUCGAGAGUGCUUUGCAAAGCAAAAGUGCAUCUUAGCCACACGGGAAGAGGGAAGGUCGGAAGCUGUGGAGGAUAGUGAAGAAGCAGAAGAAGAGGAAAGCCCAGAGCGCCCCAUGUCCGACGGGUACGACCGAGGCAGAACUGCAUGGUACGACGAGCAUGUUCCUCCGCUGGCAUUAUGGGUUGCUGGAAGUGACGAUCUCGUCGAUGGCCGGAGACUCCUGAAAAGGUUUGAACGUGGACGCGAACCGUUCGUGCAGGUGGUCCACAGCAAGGUGAUCGAGGAGUACGAACAUCUCGAUGUGCUUUGGGCAAUGGAUGCCGUGGAGCAGGUGGGAAAAGAAGUUCGGCAGGUCCUUUGGAAGACGAUGCCGGAGGAGGCAAGAAGGAUCUGCAGGAAGAUAUCUGGAGUUGUGGAUGAUGAUGGAGCGGAUGGUCAACCCCGGUGA